GCGAGUGAGGCUGUGUGCGAGGCCUGACUUUCUGUGAUGAGUGUGUGUACAUGUCAGUUUUAGGGCGUUUUGUGUCAAAAGUGCUAAUUUUUACGUGUUUUUCCCUGCGAAAAAGCCCUAUGGCUCGGUAAAAAAGAAAUACCUUGAAACCAAGCUGAAUAACAACAAGAUCCAGCGCGGGUGGAACAACUAGAAGAAAAAAACCAACCACCAACACCAUCCAGCAACGAGACAUAUUUGGCGCCAUAUAAAAUCCCGCACAGACACAAAACUCAAAGCCGCUUGAAGAAGCAACGAAACUUUUCCCAGGGAGCACAUCAACGUAGAGACAUCCUUUCUUUUUUCCGAAAUAACUAAGAAGGACAACCGCGAGAAACAAGCAACCGACCGCAGACAAAUUUAUUAGACCAAGUGUCACUCACGAACCGCAGCCGUCGCGUGCCGUUGCCGCCAGCAGCAGCAGAAAAUGUCGGCCCUUUCGCUCCGGAUCAGCCUGGAGGGUGGCCGGGUCACAAAGACGAUCCAGUUUGACCCGAACACGACCGUCUUCGACGCCUGUCGCAUCAUCAAGGACAAAUUCGCCGAAGCGGUCCAGGGCCAGGCGCAGGAAUUUGGCCUCUUCCUGGCCGAUGAGGACACCCGGCAGGGCGUCUGGCUCGAGCCGGCCCGCAACCUGGGCUACUACCUACUCCGCAAUCUGGACAUGCUGGAGUACCGAAGGAAGCACCGCAAUCUGCGCGUCCGAAUGCUCGACGGUGCCAUCAAAACCAUCCUCGUGGACGAUUCCCAGCCCGUGUCCCAGCUCAUGGUCGUCAUCUGCACCAAGAUCGGCAUCACAAACCACGAAGAGUACGGCCUCGUCCGCGAAGACCCCGAAUCCCAGAACGAAAAUCUCCCCGACAACAAGUCCAACAUGGGCACCCUGACCCUGCGCCGGAAGGUCGCCGAGAAGGAGCGUGACUCCAAGAUGGAAUCGCUGCGCAAGAAGCUCCGCACCGACGACGAAAUCAACUGGGUCGACGUGGGAAAAACCCUGCGCGAGCAGGGCAUCGACGAGUCGGAAACGGUGCUGCUGAGGCGAAAGUUCUUCUACUCCGACCAGAACAUCGACUCGCGCGAUCCCGUGCAGCUGAAUCUGCUGUACGUGCAGGCCCGGGAUGCCAUCCUGGACGGGACGCAUCCGGUUACGCAGGAGAAGGCGUGCGAGUUUGCCGGCAUCCAGGUGCAGAUUCAGUUUGGCGACUACAACGAGAGCAAGCACAAGCCGGGAUUUUUGGACCUCCGCGAGUUCCUGCCGGGCUCGUACGUGCGCGUCAAGAACAUCGAGAAGAAGAUCUUCAACGAGCACCGCCGGCACGUCGGUCUGUCCGACCUGGACGCCAAGUAUCUGUACACCAAGACGGCCCGCGAGCUGCCCACGUACGGCGUGACGUUCUUCCUGGUCAAGGAGAAGAUGACCGGCAAGAACAAGCUGGUUCCGCGGCUGCUCGGCGUCACCAAGAGCUCGGUGCUCCGGCUGGACGAGCACACCAAGGAGAUCCUGAAGACGUGGCCGCUGACGACGGUGCGGCGGUGGGGCGCUUCGCCGAACACGUUCACGCUGGACUUUGGCGACUACGCCGACCAGUACUACUCGGUGCAGACGACGGAGGCCGAGCAGAUCGUGCAGCUGAUUGCCGGCUACAUCGACAUCAUCCUGAAGAAGAAGCAAGCCAAGGAUCACUUUGGCAUCGAGGGCGACGAGGGGUCGACCAUGGUGGAGGAGAGUGUGGCGCCGUCAAAGGCCACCUUCCUGCAGCACGAAGAGACUACCGGACCGGGCAAGGUUGAAACCCAGUCGAUCGCCAAACCGGCCGUGAUGCGUGGAUACGAUGGUGAACGUCCCUAUGGCACUGGUGAGAUGCAAUCGAUGCAGUACGGUGCCAUCGUCGGACAGGUCAACCUGGCCCAUCAGCCGCCCAUGUUGCAACAAACCCGAAUCAGCACGGUCCUCUCGGAACCCCAGCGUGCCCUCGUCGGGUACAUCUCGGCCGGCCAGGAUGCCAUCAACAAGGCUGAGGAAGACCUCAAGAGCAAGGCCCAACUGCCGCAGCUGGGAACUGACCCGGGCUCGAUGCAGUGGCGCGAAGAAACGCUCGACACCUCGAAGCAAACGGUCACGACCCAUCUGGCCACGAUGAACGCUGCGACGGCCCAGGUCGUGACCGCUUCUCAGCCGGACGAAAUCGAUCACGAUGCCGUCGGAGCGGCCGUCUCGCAAAUCACCCAGAGCAUCCCGGAGGUCACCAAGGAGGUUCGGCUGAUUGCCGCCCUCAUGGACGACGACUGCACCGGGGACAAGCUGCUGGAGGCGACCCGCAAGCUGUGCUCGGCGUUCAGCGAUCUGCUCAAGUCGGCCGAACCGGAAAGCAAGGAACCGCGCCAGAACCUGCUGAAUGCGGCAAGCCGCGUCGGAGAGGCUAGCGGAUUUGUGCUAAGUACGAUGGGUGAGGAGAGCAUGGAGAGCCGCGAGCUGCACGAUAUGCUGCUUGGGUUGGCCAAGGCCGUUGCCAACACGACGGCGGCACUGGUGCUGAAGGCCAAGUCGAUCGCUGCCGUUACGGACGAUGAGGCGACCAGGAAUAGAGUAAUUUCCGCUGCCAGUCAGUGUGCCCUGGCCACCAGUCAGCUGGUAGCUUGUGCCCGUGUUGUUGCUCCUACGAUCCAGAGUCCGGCUUGCCGGGAACAGCUCGAGUCGGCGGCACGCGAAGUUGCCAAGGCCGUCGCUCAUCUGGUAGAGGUCUGCAACGACGCUACCGACAAUCAGCAGCUGCGUGGAGAUCUGAUGGGCGCCGCCAAGGACGUGUCCAAGACGCUGGCCGAACUGCUGGAGCACAUCAAGCUGAGUUCCCGCGAGAAGGCACGUCGCGUCGAUGACAAUCCGGUCGAAGAGGUGCUGGUCGCUACGGACAUUCUGGUAUCGGCGACCAACCCGCAGGAGAUGAUCCUGCAGGCGCAGAAGCUGGGCCAAGCUACGGCACAGCUCAUUCAGAGCAUCAAGGGAGAAGCCGAACGGCAGGAUGAUUCAAACAUGCAACGCAAGCUGCUGGAAGCAGCUAAACAACUUGCGGACGCUACCGCCCGUAUGGUAGAAGCUGCCAGACUGUGCGCCAACAACCCGCACAACUCCGAACAUCAGGACACGCUGCGUUUCGCCGCGGAAGAACUUCGCGUGAUCACGACCACAACCGCCAACACUCCAGCCAUCAAGCGCAAGCUGAUCAACCGUCUGGAGCAGUGCUCGAAGCAAGCUGCUUCCGCCGCAACUCAGUGCAUCACCGCUGCCCAGAACGCCCUGAUGCACAGCAAUGACGUGCAAACGAAGGAGAUUCUCCUCCAGGAUUGUCAAACCGUUGCCGAUCAGAUCCCUCGCUUGGUCGCCGGAGUCAAGAACACCCUUUCCCGUCCCGAUGACCCGAACGCUCAACUCGGAUUGAUCGACGCCGCUGAAAUGUUCCUGGAACCAGGAGCACAGGUUGCCCAAUCGGCCCGCGAUCUCCAGCCAACCGUCAUGGAUCAAACCGCUUCACAGCAGCUAUCCCGUUGCGCACUGAACCUAACCCACUCGAUCCACGACCUCCGUUCAGCCGCUCAUCGCGCUCGCGAAGCCUGCGGAGGAAACGAACUGGACGCCGCACUGGAAGCCGUUCGUAACUUGAGGAACGUCCUGAACGAUACACGCCAAGCUAGCCAGGAAGGCAACCUUCGUCCACUGCCAGGUGAGACGGCUGACUCCUGCUUCAAGCAGCUUGCGGCGGCAAGCAACAGUGUCGAUUCCACCCUGUACCAGCUGAUGUCUGCCGUCCAGCAGGGCAACCGUCCGUACGCUGGCGUUGCCGGAAGAGAUGCCGCUCUCGCCCUAGGCGAGUACACCAAGAGUGUCCGCGGAGUGGUCGCUACCACCAAGAACCCGAUCGUGGUCGAUUGCGCCGACGAGGUCAUCCAGGAUUCGAUGCGAGUGAUCGAGGAAGCGCAGAGAACGCUGCAGAACCUUGGCAAUCAAGACGAACUGGUUGCGGCGAUCAAGCGUACCAAGCAUUCGCUAGGCAGAACGAUCGAUUGUUUCCCAGGGGUGAAGGACAUUAGCGAGGCGUUCGAGAACAUGGCUGAUUUGAGGGCUAUCUUGGAUACCGGGGAGUACCCACCGUCAAGCCGUGCGUUUGGUCAUUUGCAGAACGAGCUGAAGAGCGCUGCUGACAACUUGAACUCCGCUGGAGGACAGGUCGCCCACUCGUACGACAGUUCCAUCAAGCUGGCCAACACCAGCCAGGAGUUCUACCACGCGUACAAGGAGCUGAUGACCGUAACGCUGGAAAUGGCCGGACAAACGCCGGAAGAUCGUGCGCGGGAAGAGAUCGUCAACUCACUGCGAGGUGUUUCAAACCAAUCGAUGAGUCUGCUGGGAACUGCGAAAUUCGUCGCUGGAGAUCCGGACAGGCCGAACGCCAAGAACGAACUGUCGUCCGCAGCUCGGAUGGUAACGGAGAGCAUUAACCGACUGGUGAACGUGUGCACGCAGGCUGCUCCUGGACAGAAGGAAUGUGACAGCGCUAUUCGUAGCAUUGAAUCGCUUAGACCGCUGCUGGAAUCGGCUCAGGAACCACUGACGGAUCAGGGGUACUUUGACUGUUUGGACACGGUUAUGGAAAAGUCCAGAACGCUGGGAGACGGCAUGACCGGAAUUGCCAACAACGCCAAGCUGUCGAAGCACGUCGAGUUUGGACAUUCGGUUGACUCGGUAUCCGACUCGAUCCGAGGAUUGAUCGAGUCUGCUUCGCAGGCUGCUUACUUGGUAGGAAUUUCCAACCCAACAAGCGUUGGAGGUCGUCCGGGGUUGGUCGAUCAAGCGCAGUUCGCCCGUGCGUCGCAAGCGAUCCGUCAAAGCUGCGAAGUCCUUCGAGGACCAGCGUCCUCUCAGCAGCAAGUUCUGUCCGCUGCAACCAUCAUCGCAAAGCACACCUCAGCGCUGUGCAACGCCUGUCGUAACGCAAGUUCAACCACCACCAACCCGGUGGCCAAGCGUCACUUUGUCCAGGCAGCGAAGGAGGUCGCCAACUCAACGGCGGAUUUGGUCCGUGAGAUUAAGGCACUGGACAAAGACUACAGUCCGGUUUCGAGAGCACGAUGCGCUGGAGCUACCGAGCCGCUGCUGGAAGCCGUUUCAUCCCUGUGUCAGUUUGCCAACUCAUCCGAGUUUAUCUCGAUCCCUGCGCGCAUCUCGUCGGAAGGUCGCAAGGCUCAGGAACCGAUCCUACAGGCUGGCCGUGGAAUCCUGGAUGGUGCGAUUGAUAUGGUGAAGACGGCCAAGGUACUCGCCAUGACCCCAACCGAUCCACCGGUGUGGCAACAGCUAGCAAUUCACAGCCGUAACGUGUCCGAGAGUAUCAAGAAGCUGGCGUCGAGCAUCCGUGAGAAGGCACCUGGACAGCUGCAGUGCGAUCAGGUGUUGGAAGUGCUGAAGGAAUGCGCCCGUGAUUUGAACUCGGCCGCUUUGGCCGUCGGAGUCGAUGGACUGCCGCAGCGCAAGGAGAACAAUUUGCAAGGAUUCACCAACCAGUCGUUGAACGCCGCAUCGGAGCUGAUCGAUCGUUUGGAGCCGGUCAAGUCGUCGGCUAAGAAGAAUGCCGAAAGUCUGGGACACGCCGUGAACCAGAUCGCGAAGCACGUGGUUCCGCUGACAAAUGGAGUUAUCGGAGCGUGUUCGCACGUGGUUCACUCGGGACAGCAGUCGGUGCUCAUCGAUCAGGUCAAGUCGGUGGUAGAGUGUUGUUCGCAGCUGGUCCAGGUGGCAAAGAAUGCCGGUGGUAACCCUCGAGCUUCCCAUUGUCAUCCAGAGUUGGACGAGGCCGUGGAAGCUACACGUGAAGCAAUUCAAGAGUUGAACGCCACCGUUGAGCGUUUGUCUACGGAGAAUGGCGUCGUGACUGGGUUGAUGGAGCAGAUCUCUCGCUCAAUGUCACGUAUUACCGACAAGCGUCAGUCGUUCUUGGGAGCGUCGAUCAACGACACCUAUGUGGACUACCAGACUCGCAUGGUACAAUCAGCGAAGGAGAUCGCUCGUUACGCCAACGAAAUCAACGCAAAGGCCGCCAUCGAUCCUUCCAAGCUAGCCCAGCUAUCGGUCGAGAUGACCCAUCACUACUCUCAGCUUGCGCAAGAUUCGGUAGGAGCGUCUGCUUUGACGACCUCUCCGGAUGUUGCCAUCCGUAUUCGUAACACCGUUCAAGAUCUUGGUCGCUCGGUGAAUGUUCUGAUCCAGUCAACCGCCGGAAUCCGCAAAGAUGACAGCUCCGGCCUGGUGGAGAUCUCCCGUGGAGCUCGUGACGUCUCCGAAAAGGUUUCCCAAGUGCUGGCAGCGCUGCAAGCCGGUUCUCGUGGAACGCAGGCCUGCAUCAACGCUUCCAGCACGGUGUCGGCGAUCAUCAGCGAUCUGGACACGACGAUCAUGUUCGCGACGGCCGGUACGCUGCACUCCGAAGACGAGGGUCGCUUCUCGGACCAUCGGGAGCACAUUCUGAAGACGGCCAAGGCGCUGGUGGAGGACACCAAGAUUUUGGUGGCCGGUGCUGCCGGAACGCAGGACCAGCUGGCGGCCGCCGCGCAGAACGCUGUUACUACCAUUUUGCAACUGGCGGAAGCGGUCAAGCACGGAGCGGCUUCGCUCGGCUCCAACCAGCCCGACUCGCAAGUCAUGGUGAUGAACGCGGUGAAAGAUGUGGCCGCUGCACUCGGUGAGCUAAUAAACGCUACUAAGCUUGCAUCUGGUAAACCCAUUAACGACCCGGCUAUGAAUGAUUUGAAAGAUAGCGCUAAGGUCAUGGUGAUGAACGUCACCUCGUUGCUGAAAACUGUUAAGGCCGUCGAGGACGAGCACACGCGUGGCACGCGCGCAAUGGAAGCUACCGUGGACGCCAUCACGCAGGAGAUCCGCUCGAUGCAGUUUGCUCCGGACGUCCACCGGUCCAGCAUGCAGCAGCUGUCCCGACCGGAAGACCUCAUUACGGUGACCAAGCACGUGACGGCCGCGACGGCAAAGGCCGUUGCCGCGGGGACUUCGAACCUGCAGACGGACAUUACGGCGGCGGCCAAUUUGGGCAGGAAGACGAUCUCGGACAUGCUGGCGGUUUGCAAGUCGGUCGCGUGGUCCUGUGCGGAGACGCAGGAGCUGAGACAGAGGACGCUGGACGCGGGGUCGGCGGUGGCGAUUUCGUACCGGGAUCUGCUGGAGGGUGUGCUGAAGCACUGUUCGGCGGACGAGCGGAUGCAGCUGUCGCGGAGGGUGGCCAAGUGCGUUACCGAUUUGGUUGGGAUGGCGCAGCUGUUGAAGGGUUCGGACUGGGUCGAUCCGGACGAUCCGACGGUUAUCGCGGAGAAUGAGCUGCUGGGGGCGGCCGCUUCGAUUGAGGCCGCGGCCAAGAAGUUGGCCAGCCUGCGACCGCGACGACAGGCGGAGGUUAAGGAAACGGACGAGAAUCUGAACUUUGACGAGAUGAUUCUGGAGGCGGCCAAGGGCAUCAUGGCAGCUUCGUCGGCUUUGGUCCGUGCGGCGAACGCCGCUCAACGCGAGCUCGUAGACCAAGGCAAGGUCGCUCGACGACCCCUGACCUCGUCCGACGAUGGUCAAUGGUCUGAAGGUCUCAUUUCCGCUGCCCGUCUGGUCGCAGCCGCUACCCACAGCUUGGUAGAGGCCGCCCAACAUCUGGUCCAGGGCACAGGAACCGAAGAAACGUUGAUUUCAACCGCCAAACAGGUCGCCAGCUCAACCGCUCAGCUAUUGAUCGCUUGCAAGGUCAAGUCCGACCCCAACUCGGAGACCGGCCGCAGACUGCAAGCCGCUGGCAAUGCCGUCAUCAAGUCCACCGACAAGCUCGUCCAAGCCGCCCAGCAAGCCAUCGAGGGCGAAGAGGAACACACGCUGAAGCUUAACCGCAACAUGGUCGACGGAAUGGCCCAGGAGAUCAACGCCCGCUCCGAGGUGCUCAUGCGCGAACGCCAGCUCAUGGAAGCCCAGAACAAACUGAUCGCAAUCCGCCACCUCAAGUACCGUCAAAAACUCGCCGGAGGCUUCGCCACCGACAGCAGCGACGAAGGCGGCGUCCAACCUCCAACCUUCACCGGCUACCAAGUCACGACCACCCCGAAACCACACACGCUCCCCAAACCCGGCACCUACUCGCCCUCCCCCGUCAUCAACAGCCCCGCCGGAUCAACCGGAACCUUCCCGCGAAACCCCCAACAACAAAAUCACCAACAACAAUCCUCCUCAACCACCACCACAACUUCGUCCUUCCAAAGAUCCCCGCUCCUCACAGCCAACGCCGUCCCAAAGCCCUACCAAUCGGACACCAUCAAAUCCCCGACAGCCCUCGUGUCCCCCUCAAUCCUCAACCGAACGUACGAAACGACCCGCGUGGAAAACUCCAACCUAAGCGCAGGAAAGUUCAACCGAACGCAGUUUGACGCCGCCGUGCAGGAUCUGCAGAACAAGGUGCAGCAGCCGUUGAGUUCGUUCCGAGGGUCGCCGACGCAGCAGCAACAGCAGGCAGGAGGGUAUGGAACCAUUACGACGACGACGACGAGUACCACGAGCAAUGGGACCGGAGCACCGGCGCCGCAGAAUUACGAAGGAUUUACCACGAGAUACGAAACGCGUGUCUUUCCAACAGCAACCGCCACUACUAAUCCAGCCCCUAACACCACCACCAACACCCCGUCAACCACCAACAACCUAAUGAAUGUAGAGCAGCAGUUCGCCAAACUAAACCUAGAGAAUCACGAUCAGGUGCAGCUUCGGCAGCACCAUCACCACCUUCAACAACAGCAACAGCACCAGCUCCUCCAGCAAAGUCAGCAGCAUUUUCGCACCAGCCCACUAAACCCAGCCGCCGCGAUUAGUAGUAGUAGUAGCGGUAACAAUGGUACUACAAUGGUUAAUGUUCUCGACAGCAGCAGCCAAUCGUCGGCGGAGCAGCGGUUCUCGUCGUCCUCCUCCCAUCAACAACAGCAGGUCAUCACCAAGAAGAUCCACAUGACGACUUCGUCCACGUCGUCGACGAUGAAGUCCAGCGGUGGCGAGUGGAAGUGAGCGUUGGAUCCGCCCUGAGCAACAUGUGCGACCCUCCCACGUGGUAAUUGUUAUUGUUGUAAUUGUUUACCGGAUUGUGAGUGUAUAGAAAAAAAAGAGAGGUGGGGAAAUCUGUAGAUUGUAACGAUCCCAAAAUGUGCCUGUUUUAACCGCGACGUAGUGGCUAAAAUCGAUAGCUUCCAUUGUGCGCGCCGUUUUUUAAUGAGAGAAAAAGGUUAAAUUGUUAAAACUUACUUACGAGCCUAGACUUAAGUGGAGAAGAAAAAUAGUAGUGCCUCUAAUUUUAUUAACAAAAAUGCCAAGUAACUAACGUGAAAUGUUUUUUAAAACACAAUGUAUAACGAAUAAAAAAAUACAUUUAUUGUCCGUUGUUCGAAACAAGUAAGAAAUUCACAAAGUGCCACCCGAACACACACUAAACUACGUUUUAUAACAGUUUUUAUGCGCACAAUCGUUCGAGUUUUAUUCGCAAAAAAAAACGUUUCUUUUUUACACACCACUAACGUGCCUCUUCACAAAUGUUGGUUUUGAAAUUUUAAAAAUAAAUUUAAAACACACCGUUUGCCUUAAAAAAUAAAUAAAUAUGCCAACGCAAAGUGCCAUUCUCUGUUCCGCAAAACGAAAAAAAUAUUAAAAAAGUGUGCAUUUGAAGCUUUGCACGGACAAUCGUUAGCUUCACACGAGUAAUAGCCAAAUUUUUAUACGUGAAAUAAAAUAACUUUUUCCCCCCGUCUCCCCUUAGAUAAUAGCAUGGAUAUGAACACAGUAACGAGUAUUUUAUUUUUCUCUAAUAAAGAAUAUUUUUAUUACUUUUAAAAGUGGUAUUGUGAAGGUUUGCCGAAAACCAAAACAUUUUUGGGCAAAACUUUGCGCUGUUUUAAUAAAAUAAAAACGCAACAAAAAAAAAACACUUGUGCAAGAAACGCGAAACGCAAAAAAUAUGCAGUAUAAUACUAGAACAAAAAACGAGUAAUUUUUAACCAAUAAAGUGCUUUAAGUGAAAUAUAUAAAAA